GGUACAGGGGGAAGCGUGGAGUGAACAGAUUGCUCAGAUUUUAAAUGGCGUUUUGGGGCUUUGCUAUUGUUUAGGCAUAAAUAACAAGGACACUCAACACAAGGCUUUUCGAACAACUGCAACGUUGUAGGGGCCACAGUUAGAUAUAGACACCCUAGUCUCAUAACAAAGCAUCUGGCCAGACUGCGCGCUCGCAAAGCUAACGGGUCCUUUUAACACUCCAAAGAGGCUCACAAAGGAAAUCCGGUCGAUUUGAAAAAUAUUAACGUAGACCUGAGUUGUCUAAAUGAUCGAGGGAGAUAUUAAUUGUUAUCUCCAAAUAGUUCGCAACACAGACAAUUUCUCAGGCUCCGGUGUAACUUGCAGCAAGUGGAGCGGUCUUUGAUAGAACAAAAACAUCUAAGCUUUGACUCGCGAUUCUGGAUUUGUCAGCUUAUCAAUAGUAUUUUGUCUGAUUUCGACAUUUUGGCCAACCGUAUUGCUAAAUCGCUCAGUGCCUAGAGGCUAACGUUGCAUUAAUAGUUACGUUGCUCACGCUAGUUUAGGUUAUGUGAAGAAUGAAGCUGCCAUUAUGGCGAUAAUCGCGAAAAGGAAAAUGCGCAGAUACUCAUCUCCUGAAAUUAAAAGAAGGUAGCUAACUAGCUUACAGCACGAGCUAACCAUCGUUUUAGCGAAGUGUUCUUUAACAAGGCUAUCUAGCUAGCACAUUUUGUCACCCUGCUAGUGUGCUAGCUGUUUUGAACAGGCCAGUUAACCGUUGUCUUUCAGCUAUUUCUAUCAAUGUCGACGUGUUUAUCGUGUUUGGUUUAAAUGUAGUCAACUAAGAAACUAGCCCUUGUGUCUUUAAACGACUACGAGAACCUUGUAGUGUUUGAAGUCGGAUUUCGUUAGCCUUCACCAAGUUAAUUAAUUAGCUUAGCUGAAGCUAACGUUGUAGCUACCCAUUAGAAAGUAACGACAAACGGCACUUAUCGCUACGGAGUCUAAGUGAAAGGAAGGGAACAGCCAGCGGUUAUUUUGAUACGCAACUAACAAUGGCAACCCCCACAACCGAGGCCUUGUUUUUGAUAAAGGAUGUGAAGCCCGGGUCGAAGAACUUGAAUAUCGUAUUCAUUGUAUUGGAAAUAGGACGAGUAACCAAAACGAAAGAUGGUCAUGAGGUCCGCUCAUGUAAGGUGGCAGACAAGAGCGGGAGCAUUGCCAUCUCUGUUUGGGACGAGCUCGGCAGCCUUAUUCAGCCAGGGGACAUCAUCAAGCUGACCAGAGGCUAUGCAUCCAUAUGGAAAGGCUGCCUGACCCUAUACACUGGACGAGGAGGGGAUCUGCAGAAGAUCGGAGAGUUCUGCAUGGUGUAUUCAGAAGUGCCCAACUUCAGUGAACCAAACCCAGAGCUUCUAGCCCAACCAAAUCAGCAGAACAAGUCUGGUAAGCCAGACCAGAAUCAGAGGGGAAACUCUCCACCCAAUCAGAAUUCAGGUACCACUGCCCCACCAGGUAACGGUGCCAUGCCGCCAUUUGCUAACAACAACCCACCACCUGGUGCACCCCGUGACCCUGCGUUUGGAGGCAUUGGGCGACCCAACGGUCGGUCACCUGGCAACGGAGCACCUCCGGUAACUGUUGCAGGGCCGCCAACAGCAGCAAAGUCUUCAGUUACCAUUAGCAACGGCAGGGACCCACGGCGUGCCAAAAGAUGAAAUUGGGGUUACGGGGGAUCAUGUGGGAAAACUAUGGACGUCCCCAUAUCCCCCUGUCCCCUUUCUUUUUUUUUUUUUUUUUUUUUUUUUUUUUACAUUUGUGUCCUUCCCCAUCACAGCCUAUAUUGGCUUUCAAAAAAUGAUUUAAAUUAGGGACUACUUGCAUCAUUUUUAUACAGGCUAACAUAGUCAGAUGUGUCGUUUGUCGUGCGUAGUAGCGCUCUCAGUAAGCAGCACAGUGUGAUUGUGAUCUACCACCUGAUGCACUAGCAGGACUUCUUAUAUAGUGAAGCCUUGGUGGUUGAGUUGUGGUCAGCCUUCUCAGUCCACUCCCUUGUCCUCUAAAUCUCACUGCAAAUUGCCAGUCCUGUGCCAGUGUUUCCUCCCCCAUACACUGUCCCAACCCCCUCCCCCAUUAUGUUUUUUCAGACUAUACACCCUACUUGAACACUUGAUGCACUUUCUUCUCUUAAUUUAUGUCUGGGCAAGGUUGCCUGUCAUUUAAAUCAGGAAAUCAGUUUCUGCUUUUUAGUGGAAAAGGCCUUAAGUUGGUGAAAAUGAGUUCUUGGACUGAAUGCACAAGCGACAUUCUUCAAAGGGUCUUCUCUCUUAACCAAACUGUAUCCGAAGUGACUCUGUGACAGGAAAGGUGUUAGUUUUGAAUUUUUAAUGGUAGGUAGACUGAUAUUAAACUGUUUUUCAUACAUUUUUUUCUUGUUUGCCAUCAAUUGUACCUUGAUCAAGGUGGGACCACUUAAAUACUUGGAAAACGGUUCACCGAAUAAAUUUUACAGUAAUUCUGCUGCCA